AUGGAGAUGAUGACACCACACACGAUGACAUCAAAGAAAAGUUGGGAGUUUAACCCAACAGCUUUACCAUGUGAGCCUGCUGACUUCAUCAAAACCAUGAUCCUUCGUCUGCAAAUAGCAUAUAAGGUUCAGAAUGUCAAAUCACGAGUUCGUGCAAUCAAUGAAAUACGUGAAAGAAAGAGUGACUUCAAAAUUCAACCUUUUAUGGAACAAGGACCAAGCACUUCUAGAGGAAACCAAUACACCACUUUGGAGAAGAUUCGCAGGGCUCCCCUUUACAUGGAUGAAGCACAAAUUGUGGGCUUUGAAGAACCAAGAGAUGAAUUGGUCUGUUGGUUGAUAAGGGGAAGAACAGAGCGCAUAGUCAUCUCUGUGGUAGGAAUGGGAGGGCAAGGAAAGACCACUCUUGCCAAGAAUGUUUUUGACAACCAGAAGGUGAUUGAACACUUUGAUUGCCAUGCAUGGAUCACAGUGUCUCAGUCCUAUAAUGUAGAUGACUUGUUGAGGGACAUGUUGCAGAAGUUUUACAAGGAAAGAAAGAUGGAACCUCCACAGAAUAUUUCAAAAAUGCGAGGUGAUACAUUGAUAGAUGAAGUCAAUAUUGACUUUGCUGCACUUGAUAGUAGAAAUGGAAGUAGGAUAGUUAUCACAACUAGGCACAAGAAAGUUGCAGAUUCCUGCAAGAAAUCUUCUUUUCUUAAAAUACAUGAACUGAAAUCCCUACCUCCUGAACAAUCUUGGGUACUCUUCUGCAAGAAGGCAUUUCAAUUUGAAUUUGAUGGAUCCUGCACAGAAAAACUGAAGGACAUUUCCUCAAAGAUUGUUAAAAAAUGCAAUGGUUUGCCACUUGCAUUAGUGGUUAUUGGUAGUCUUUUAUCUAGGAAAGAUACGACAAGAGUUGAUGAAUGGGAAAAGUUUUAUCGAGAGCUGAAGAAGAAUCAACAAAUAGAUAGUAUAAAAAAAAUUUUGGGUUUCAGUUAUAAUGAUUUGCCUUACCUUCUUAAGUCAUGCUUUUUAUACUUUGGCAUAUAUCCUGAAGACCGUGAAAUUAAAUCUAAAAGACUAAUUCGACAAUGGAUAGCUGAAGGGAUUGUGAAAUAUGAAGAGGAAAAAUCUUUAGAGGAAGUUGCAGAGGGAUAUUUAGAAGAGUUGAUCGAUAGAAGUUUGGUGCAAGCAUCUUCACUUACACGACAUAUGGGAAAGUUAGAGCCUAUCGUGUUCAUGACCUAA